UUAAAACAAACAGCUGGAUGGAUGCGGCACUCAUCUCUUGCUACUUUAGCAACUGUCCGGGCAGCCAGAAAAAUCGAAACGACACUGCUUCUCAAUGCUGUUAGAGAGAUCAUGAGAGAAGCAGCUAGCAAUAUUCAAGAUCAAUUUGGAAAAGAUCUGGGCGGCAAGACGGCAGUAUGGAAUAUUCGAUAUGCUGAUGAUACAACUCUAAAGGAACGGUUAGGUAUUACAGAACAGCUGAGAGAGGCAAGCCAAGUGAAGGGACUCCAAAAAAACAGCAUCAAGACCCAAGCAGUGACUGUGCAUGGAAAUGAAUGUCUACAAACAUUACAACUUACAAGGAUUUCUAAUUGAAGGUCAGAAAUAUAUUUUACAUUGGAUAUGGAAUUCCAUUUGAUAUGUUGCCAGAUUGGAGAUUGGAGCAUCAUAUGAAAGUGCUCUAUUUCUGAAUUUUCAAAUGUGAGAGACCUUUGCAGAAUGAUUGAAUAAAAUAAUUCUGGAAUAUUUGUUUAUUAUAAAUCAGUCAGAAAUUAAAGAGGCAGUGAGGAGCAAAGUGACGUCAUAGCAAAGGGCAUUCAAUGUAGUGUUGUCAAUCUUGGUACUUUGCAUGGUCAGGCAAAGAACUAUGGUACAAUUGGCAUGCCUCUGUAUUAUUGAUCCUAGUUUUGAAAUCAUACAAUGUAUCAUAAAUCAUCAUUUGUAAUGCAGUUUUAUUGCAACUAAAACAUUGU